AUGGUAGAGCCAAAGCCCAAAGCACUCAUCGUCGAAGCUGGGAUUGCCGGUCUUUCCACAGCAUGGUGGCUAGAUAAGGCAGGUUGGUCAUGCAUCAUAAUCGACAAGGCCCCUGGCAUUCGCAGCGGCGGAUACGUCGUCGGCUUAACAGGCAUCUGCUUAGAGACCGUUAAAGAGAUGGGCCUCCUGAAACAGCUCGAAGAUGUAUCGUUCAAGGCUGAUAAGAAUACCAUCAGAGAUGUCCGAGGUCGAAAAUUACUUGAGGUGGGAUACACAGAUAUUCACGGCAAAUUGGGGAGCUAUUCAGUCUGCCGCGAUGACUUAGCACGUCUCAUCUGGACCGCGCUUCCUCCAAGCGUAGAUGUGCGCUUUUCUGAGACUGUCAACUCUGUAACCGAAGAAGAAGAUGGGAUUGUAGUUACACUUACCAGCGGUGAUGCAAUGAACGUUCAACUUCUCAUUGGCGCUGACGGUAUCCGAUCAAUGGUACGAAGUAUGAUUUGGAAAGAUCAAGACUUCCAGGUAGAUUUGGGAUAUUCCUAUUCUGUCUACGACGUAGAGGAGAUCGUUAGGCUGGAAAGCGAUUGCGUGUCUUUCAACAGUCCUGGUCAUUUCGAUAUUCUCUACAGGAUCCGCAAGGGCCGGCUUGCGGCACUCCAUGUCUGGAGGAAUGAUUAUACCAAGCAAUACGGCGAGAAAUUCAACACCAGAGAUCGUCUUGCAAAGUUCCAAACUCUGAGGUUACUGGCUGGAGAUAACAUGCAACUCGCAGACGUGCUCAGCGCUGCUGAAAAGUCUGGGACAACGCCACUCGUUGACACUCUAACCAUGGUCCAAAUGCCGCGGUGGUCUAAAGGUCGAGUCCUUCUUAUGGGCGACGCAGCACACUGUCUCACAUUGAUGUCUGGUCAAGGAGCAGCCAUGGCUAUCACUUCAGCUGGUAUCUUGGGAAAGGAGAUUAUGGCCUCGGGCAGCCUUUCUGAGGCACUAGAAAACCACGAACGCAAGCAACGACCUCGUGUCGAGAGACUUCAGAGACGCAGUGAGGAACUAGCCGCCUGGUAUAUCCCGAAGAGCACAUUCUGGUACUGGCUGAGGAACAUGAUGCUUAAACUGAUGCCAUACUCGUGGAUCAUCGCGUGGUUCGUAAAUGGGCUUAAGGAAGAGACGAAACUGACAUAUGAGAAAUAA